AUGGCAGCUGCGGAGCCAAGGCAAGGGCAGAUCUCCACAGGUGAUGCGAUGAAGAUUUUCUUGGCCGAGCUUCGGCAAAUAGCAUUUGAUUCUGAAGGUCAUUUAGUUUGCACAAAGUUGCAGCGGCGCCUGAAGCACGUUUGGCUUCAAGGAUACGUACUGUGUCGUGAUGGUGACGAUGUGAUUGACCUGGACGAUGGAUCUGCCGUGAUGAGCUUAGAUGUGGCCCAAAUUGUUGCAUGCAACCAAGACGCAAGUGCUGCAUUGCAGGCAGGCCGCUACAUUUCCUGCGUUUGUUCUGUCGAAUUUCAUCCCCAGGAAGGCAUCCUGGAUCUUCGGGUGGAGAGUGCAUGCCCCUUGGACGAUCCAGGUGAUGCUUUGGCUGAGCCUUUCUGGUGGCAGAAUCUCACAAGCUUCGAGAGCUUUCGCGCAGCCAAUCCUGAACAAAAUUGCUACCAGAUCUGCCGUGGCAUCAUUGCGGCACAUCACCUCUUGAGACGUGCUCAGCAACUCCGAGAGCAACUGCAGGCGCCAGAAAGCAGAUGCAAGGAAUCCGAGCACAUCCGCAUGCCAAAGUAUGGCAACCAAAUUGGCUGCACCAACCAUGGCGUGGAGAUGAAACAUGCCUUGCAGCCUGUAGACCUGCUGAUCGCCAUGAGCGAAGUGGAAUUUGACUAUGGGAUGGGCAAACAGGACCGACAACGCUGCAGCACUGAUGUCAUGCUGGACUUCGAGCGUCAAGGCUUUCUGAGAGUUCCAGGGAUCCUGAUGGAGGACGAGGUAGCUGCUGUCAAUGAUGUCAUAGAAGAGCUGCAGGGUUCUGAAGAGUGCACCCUGCAGGCGCUGCAGCAUCAAGUCCGGGUGCAAUUUGGAGCUGACACUGCAGCACAAUGCCGCACAGUGACAGCAUGCCGCAAGAAAUUGGAGGCUUUGGAAAAACGUGGCGAGGUCUCAUUUCUUCAAUACUUCAAUCUCCACCGCAAGAGUGAAAGACUGCGACAAAUCGCUAUGUCUCCCCGCUUUUCCUUUUGGGCUACCAGACUACUUGGUGUGCCCUCCGUGCGCCUGUACCAAGACUCUGUUUUUAUGAAGCGACCUGGUGAUGGGGCAACGGACUGGCACUCAGAUUUGGGUUUGGCGCCCUUCGAUACGAAUAGCUUUCUGACCUUCUGGUUGCCAUUGACACCUGUACCUCCUCGCGGGGGAUCUUCCUUGGUGUAUGCCAUUGGCAGCCACAGGGAUUUUGCCCUUCCUUUUCAUGGAGAUCUUGACGAAGACCUCAGUGGCAGAUACAAACUUCGUAGAACUGGUAGCAUCCUUCCUGGUGAUGCUUCGAUUCAUCAUGGUUGGACACUGCACUCAGCUUCAGCUGUGCCUGAAGGAGGUCCACUUCGAGUGGCUUGGACGUUGGGUUUCAUUGCGGAUGGAGCGCGCUUGCUGCGGAAAGCCUGCUCCGCACAAGAGGAUGCAGUGUCCUACGAAUCGUGGAUUCGUGAUCUUGGCCAGGGAGCUGUGGUGGAUCAUCCAAUGGUUCCGUUGUUGUUAUCCAAUCGAGCAGCGGCUGAGCUGGAGCUGAUCCUGGCGGAAGAUCCAAUGUGUGGAGGGACAUUGGAGCGUCCCAAGAAGGAGAAACUGCAGGAAGUCCCAGUGGAAUCACCUGAGGUAGUGAAAGAUGUGAAAGAUGUGAAAGAUGUGAAAGAGCUGAAGCUGCCAAGUGGAUCCAAACUUCAAGACUUUGACGGGCUUCACCUGAAGUUGGAUACCCUGGAGCUGACUGCGUUGGGGCGGCGGAAAUUAAGGGAUGCUCAAAGCAUUUGGCUUCGCUGCUGCAUUGCUUUGGGGGAUCGCAAUGCUGAAGAAAUCCAUAUCCGUUGUCCUGACAGCAAUGGGAAUCCUUUGGUGCUGCAACACUCUUCCAGCCUGCAGAAACCAAAGUCAGCAGAGUGGCAAGAAGUAGCAAGUCAGCCGCUACAGCUUGGACUUCUGGUGGGUGCAGAAAAGUUGAAAGUUCGAGCCCCUCGAACCAAAGGAAGUCAAGCCCUUUCUCCAGUGGCUCAGGCAGAAGUUCUUUGGUUCGCUGCACUGCUGGAGCCAGGGAAAGCUUCUUCUCUCACUGCAGACCUGAAAGCAGUGGAACCCACAGGGACCAAGAGCACCAUUUUUGGCCGGCUGCACUUCUCGAUGGAGCUGACGGAAGCUGGUUGUCCAUCUCCUGCAUCUCUAUCUGAUGCCAGUGGAAUCUAUUUGCGAGUUUGGCUGGAUGUUUGCGAGUUUUCAGAAUUUGCAGACCUGGCUGGUGCGAGAGCCAUUCUGAAGCUUGGGCCCGCCCAAGAGGUGGCAGUGCCAGUCCAACCUCUGCUUGAAGGUGUUGGACGUCUGGGUCAGAGCGCUAUUUCUUCAUCGCCAAUUUGGAAGACAAAGGAUGGGAUUUGUGUGGCUGGUCCAUCACCGCCGUGUAUUUUUGUGCAAAUCUGGCAAGGUGCUGAGUUGUGUGGACUUGCGAAGCUGGUUCUAUCUCCAUUGACGCCAGAAUGUGCAGAGAACAUCAAUCUGAAGGGCUAUGAACAGAUUCUGCAGGAGGAUGUGGAUGUGCUAGCAGUAAGCACCAAUCGGAGUAUCGGAAAACUGCGAGUUUUGCUUCAUGCUGGCCUGGAGUCAAUCUUGGAAGCUCUUCAAGAGCCACAGCCUUCCCAGUUGCCAAAGGCGCGAAAUCAGAUAGUCACAGAAGCCGCUGCCGGCAUGAUGACUCUGUGCUGCCUGAGCUCGGAAGCGCUGCAGCUGCUCGAGAGUGACUUGAAGGGGAGAAUGUCAGAGACAGUCCAGAACAUCCAGAAGGUUGAGACCAGGGACGAGACCGCAGAGAAAACAGAUGUCCUAAGAAAGGUUGAUCCUGCCACUCUGCAAGCCUACCAGCCCUUGUUGACUCCAGAGGAAGCGGACUCAUUGGCCCUUUGGCUUUCAGAAACACCGGUUGCAGGAACUCUGUGGUCUCUCAUGAGCAGAAUCCACAUAGUGAAUGAAAGCUUUGACCAGUUGAUCAAGGAGGUUGGAGAUGAAUGCACAUCAGUUGCCUUAGAUUUCUUGGAUGUUGCUGCACCAUCGAAGCUGCAGCGUCAGGAUAUUGCCAGGAUAUUGAGGUUUCGUGGCAUUGAGCUGGGAUGGAACACCUUGGAGCGAAUUUUCAUGGCUUUGGGAUGUUCAAAAUAUGAGAAGGACAGCUGGGACAGCUCAAGCGAAGCCCACAGUGUACCUGUCGCACUACAAGCAUCCAGCUUUGCGCGACUCUUCAAAUCAAGGGCAGAGAGAAGAAUGCUGGAGGUUGCUGGGCUCCGGCAGUUGGAAGCCAAAGUGCUGGCCUGGUGGCGUUGGCGAGACCCUGGCCAAAGCAAAGUCGGAAAUGGUCAAGUGAAACCAGUGAAACCAGUGAAACCAGUGAAAGCAGUGAAAGCAGUGAGUACUGUGUCGGCCACAGAUUUGGUGUUUGGAUUUUCAAAAUCAGAUGGUACUGUGGAUCUCAUGGGACUAAAGGUACUGCUAGCCUCUAUGAAUGGGCCCUUCCAGCAGCAUGAGGUAGAGAACCUGGCGCAAUGGCUCUUCGAAGGAUUUGGUGCGAGACCGGGAGGUGGUGUUCCAAAGGACUUGGUUGUGCAAUGGCUCACUGGCGAUGGCAUUUGGAAAAUCAACGACGAGAACAACGAGGAAGUGGCGGAGUCUCCAAGAUCUCAAGAGACACCCCCUGUUCCGAUUGUUCCAGCAGGUGCGAAGGCGGAGCAAAUAGUGCAUCUUUCCAGUCCGAAUCCAGCACAAAUUCCCUCGAAUAUUCAGGAUGUCAGGAACCCUUCACCAACUCAUGGAAAUCCAUAUCGUCUUUCAGACAAAGUGCCAGUCUCGCAAGCCUCACAUGUUUCGCAAGCUACCAUUCAGCUUUCCAAACCUUUAGAAGGACGACACAGCGAGAGACUCACGGAGGUUCUAUCAACUUCCCUACAGCAUCCGCUUCACCAAAUCAAAGUCUUUGGGGCGGAGGAAGGUUCCUCUCGCAUUUGCGUUGUCAUUCAGGGCGACGAGUUGUCGACUUGUGAGGCUGCGAUGCGAGACUUAGCUCUUCAGCUCAAGGAUCCAUCAUCUUCGCUUCUGGUUAGUGCAUUGGGCCUGUACUUCCGCUAA